CGGUGUGACUCAGGGUGUCCACCACUAUAACCUCGCCAAUCUAGACUGACAUGACAAGUCACACGCCAGUAGAGGCCGGGCGGUGAAUGGGCUGUGUGAGUUGGAGAGAAAGAAGAGAAACACAUUGUUCAGUGGCGAUCACUGAUUUGUGAGAAACGGAGGACAACAUCCUGCAGGUCAGGGGAAGCAGAGCUGCAAUAACGGCAGGUGGAGAUGGGGCGCGAUCUGCUGCACCUGGGAUUCCUCCUCACAGUUCUCCAGCAGCUAGCUUGCCCAGCUGAGCCGUGUGGGAACACCUCCAACACCUCGCUACAUGCCCUGGUGGGGGAGAACGUCGCCAUGAGUUGCCCCUUCUCAGUCGACGACCCCAGAAAGGCCCCAACGGUCCAGUGGAACUAUCAGAGCCAGACCAACAACACAGAAAACAUCAACCUCUACACGAGCAUGAAUGGGAAUGAGAGCCGCUCGUUCUACAGGCCGCCCUUUGAGGGCAGGACGUGGGUUAACGCCACAGGGCUGGCCCAUGGCGACGCCACCCUGCACCUUGCCGGAGUCACGACGUCCGACCAAGGGAACUUCUCCUGCUGGGUGGGCCUGGUCCACGACUGUGUGUCUGUGGAGGUGCAGCUCUGGGUCAGCGGUAAGCAGGAGGGAGAGGCGAGGAGGCACGUGUUGGGUGGAGAGGCCUCCGGGCCACCUCGGCUUUCGGAUUCAGCCUUGGGGAGAAGAGAGCCUGAGAACCAUCACCAUCACCACCAGUGUAGGUUGGAGCUAGACUGCGGGCUCGCUGCCACCUGCUUCUCUGGCCUGGUGCUUUCCCUUGCCGCAGCAGUUACCUUGUGUGUGUGAGUGCAGGGACAGGGGCUCGACCCCAACUGGGAUGUGGCUGUGAAACGCUCGGAAGCUGCCGUGUGAUCGAAGGGGACAGCCGCCUCCUCAAACACGCCAGCCUCUCACACAUCCCAGUGCGGCAGAUGGCAUGGGGCCCUCCAAGCCAGGCUGGCACAUGAAACAUACACCACUGGGACACUGAGCGCUUUGUACACUGAACCACUACCCUGGCACCGCUUUGCUUCCGUGAAGACACGACCUGCACCGACGGGAGGGGUUGUCCCAUCGCUGUAGAUCAGGGGUCGGCAACCUUUCAGAAGUGGUGUGCCGAGUCUUCAUUUAUUCACUCUGAUUUAAGGUUUCGCGUGCCAGGAAUACAUUUUACCGUUUUUAGA